AUGUCGUUCAGCCGUCUCGUAAGAUUCGUCCCCAAGGGCGAUGACUCCAAGGUCCUCAUCGGCGAGCCCGUCGACAGCCAAGUCGACGUCGGCGCCGCCGUCCGCAAAGGCGAAGAUGUCGAAGUGAAUGUCUACUCCGGCACCUCCGUCCUCGACGCUGGUUCUCCCACCGGCAACAAGGCCACCAUCGGCCGGAUCCUCUCACCCGUCACUGCCCAAGAGGCCGGCACCAUCCGCUGCAUUGGCUUGAACUACAAGAAACACGCCGAAGAAGCCAAGAUGUCCAUCCCCGAGAUCCCCACCCUCUUCCUCAAGCCCGCCACCGCCCUCGCCGACCCCUACCCGGCGCCCACGCUCAUCCCCAAGCACACCAUCGACUCGGACUCGGCCGACUACGAGUCCGAGCUGGCCAUCAUCAUCGGCAAGGACUGCAAGAACGUCAGCGAGCAGGACGCGCUCGACUACGUCCUCGGCUACACCGCCAGCAACGACAUCAGCAGCCGCGCGUCCCAGUUUGCGCAGACGCAGUGGUGCUACUCCAAGGGUUUCGAUGGCAGUUGUCCGAUCGGUCCCGUCUUGGUUAGCAAGGAGGUUGUUGGGGAUGAUGUGGGCGGACUGAAGUUGAGGGGGUUGAAGAAUGGGAAGGUGGUGCAGGAUAGUCCUUUGACUGACCUCAUCUUCUCGGUUCAAGAAAUUGUCAGCUUCUUGUCGCAGGGCACCACGCUGCCCAAGGGUACCGUUAUCAUUACCGGUACUCCGGCUGGUGUUGGCUUUGCUAGGAAGGAGAUGUUGCAUGAUGGUGAUGAGUUCGUGGUGGAGAUCUUGCCGCAUAUUGGUAGCUUGUAUAAUGUCAUGAAGAACGAGCAGUAA